GAGGAUGUUAAAGUUGGGUUGCAGCUGACGAUCAAAAAGGACACAGAACAGUUGGCACAUUUGAUUUUUCUGUUGAUUCUCUUGUCAAACUGAAAUCGCUGCUCAAGUACAGUAGAGUUCUGUAUCGUGAUACUACGCAGACGAAGACAGAUACCGAUAGUCGAAGAAUAACCACGCCAGACAAAGACGGAUACCGAUAGUCGAAGAAUACUACGACAGACGAAGACGGGAUACCGAUACUUGAAGAAUACUACGACAGACGAAGACGGAUACCAAUAGUCAAAGAAUACUACGACAGACAAUAUGCUCAACGUGCCAUUCAGACAGGGCGCUGCGGGCAGCCAUGCGAGUAGCACCAAGGCGGUGAUUCUUGUUGGUGGACCUUCAAGAGGAACUCGAUUCCGGCCUUUGUCGCUGGAUGUGCCAAAGCCCCUCUUUGAUGUCGCUGGUCAUCCUAUUAUCUGGCACUGCCUGAAGGCUGUGGCCAAGGUCCCUGAAAUCCAUGAAGUGUUCCUUGUUGGUUACUUUGAUGAGUCUGUCUUCCGUGACUUUAUCAAGGAUGCUUCCAAGGAAUUCCCUCAGCUCACCAUCCGCUACCUUCGAGAAUACCAAGCCCUGGGAACCGCUGGUGGUCUGUAUCACUUCCGCGAUGCUAUUCUCAAGGGCCGUCCUGAGCGCUUCUUUGUGCUCAACGCCGAUGUCUGCUGCUCGUUCCCGCUCAACGACAUGCUGAGGCUAUUUGAGGAGAAGGAUGCUGAGGCGGUCAUCCUGGGUACUCGUGUCGGCAACGAUGCUGCGACCAACUUUGGUUGCCUGGUUUCGGAUGCCCACAGCAAGCGGGUUCUGCACUACGUCGAGAAGCCUGAGUCGCACAUUUCGAACUUGAUCAAUUGCGGUGUUUAUCUUUUCGCCACCGAAUGCAUUUUCCCAUCUAUCCGCAGUGCCAUCAAGCGUCGCACGGACCGCCCGCGGAUGAUUUCCUACCCUUCGUCCGAGAACCUGGACACCUCGUUUGUGGCUUCCCAGGCUGAAGAGGACGGCGAGAAGAGCGAGGUGCUCCGUCUGGAGCAGGACAUUUUGUCUGAUCUCGCCGACAGCAAGCAGUUCUUCGUCUACGAGACAAAGGAUUUCUGGCGCCAGAUCAAGACGGCUGGCUCUGCCGUCCCUGCCAACGCGCUGUACUUGCAGCAAGCAUUUCAGUCUUUGUCUGAGGAACUCACUCCCCCGUCGGCCACCAUCUUGCCGCCCGUCUUCAUUCACCCGACUGCCACGGUGGACCCCACCGCCAAGCUUGGCCCCAAUGUGUCUAUCGGUCCCCGCGCCGUGAUUGGCGCCGGCGUUCGCAUCAAGGAGUCGAUUGUUCUCGAGGACGCCGAGAUUAAGCACGAUGCAUGCGUGCUGUACUCCAUCAUUGGCUGGAACAGCCGUGUUGGCGCCUGGGCUCGUGUUGAGGGUACCCCCACGCCAGUGGCAAGCCACACGACGAGCAUCAUCAAGAAUGGUGUCAAGGUGCAGGCCAUUACGAUUUUGGGCAAAGAAUGUGCCGUUGGCGAGGAAGUCCGCGUGCAGAACUGCGUGUGCUUGCCAUUCAAGGAACUCAAGCGGGACGUCGCCAACGAAGUCAUCAUGUAAAAAGGCUUUGUGAGCUUUCACAUUUCAACGUCUCAUCACCAGCUCAUUAUAAUAUCUCGAAUAAAUCAUCUACUGGUUCUUUUACUCGCUGACCUUUUCUCGGAUUUCUUACUUUUCUCACUUUUCUAUUCUUAUACUUGUUCUAUGCCUACGGGUGGUUGAAUUUUUGUCACAAAGAAAAAUUUCAUUUUAAAAUUUCUGUU